AAUUCAUACAUAAAAAAAAAAAUAACACACACACAAACACACAUCUAAACGCAAAUUCAAAGACACAAUUCACACUACAAUACAUCAGCACAAUCACAAAAAGGAUCACUUCACAAUCAUUUACAUAUCAUGCCAAGAAUUUACUUUCGAACUCGUUGUUUUCUAUUAAUUUUGAAGCACCUAUAUUUAUCUACUCAUUUUGCAAUAAUCAGCUGUUUUGAAUUCUAAUUCCAGUAUAUGUAACAUACUAACAUCGACUGUUUCAACUUUUUGUUAUUCAUUAUGUUCAACUACUGGCAAAGACAAAUUCAAGCAGACAACAUAUUAUGCAAGGUACAUGUGGUUUAUAAAACGUUAUUUUAAUCUGAGACGUGGAUUUUUGUUAACUUUACAACCAUUUUUUUUAGAAAAAGGCAAUUACUUGAGUUAAAACAGGAUGAAACAGAGUCUCUCUAUCAAUUAUAAAUUCCUGCAAAACUCAGUCUUGGAUGAAUUACUCGGUCAAAUGAUAAGUGAUAAAUUUAUUCACACAAAACUAUAGUCUAUGUAGAAAACUUCAAUUUGCUUGUAAGACACGAAAUAUAUGAUGACUUCAACGACCUAACAAAAGUCAAGAUUACAUUCGUUGAUCAUAAGCGCCAAAACAAACGGUAGAAGACGGAUUAAUGUAUCGUACAUGAGGUUUGAUAUAUUGUGCAAUGGACAACUAUUCUUUUAUCCGGCAGUCGGAACUCGAGAUCGCUUCAAAAGUCAACCUUCUCUCCAAACGAAUCCGCUCUCAAGAACAAGAAGUUGCUGUAGAUUUUUCUCAUAUGACAUUGGAGGAUGAGCUCAGUGAGGAAGAGGAUCAUAAAGAUUCAAGUAGAGAGGCUUUUGGUUCGAGUCUUGAGAAUCAUAAACUGUCGAGGAAGCAAAGAACGCAUAUUCGGGCGAUAAACGUGAAGAGAAAAAGAGACUUUGUUUGCUUGGAGAAAGUUAAUGGAGAGCUUGUUAACAUACUAGAGGGACUCGAAUUGCAUACCGAAGUUUUUAAUGCAGCGGAACAGAGAAGGAUAGUUGAUAAAGUGUGUGAAUUGCAAGAAAAGGUUCAAAAAGGAGAACUAAAGCGUGCUUUUACUGCUCAAGGCAAAGGACGUUCAACUAUUCAAUUCGGCUGUUGUUUCAACUACCGUACAAGCAAAACUGGAAACCUGGCGGGGAUUCUUAAACAUGAAACUGUUGAUCCAUUGCCUCAUCUUUUCAAGGUGAUCAUAAGAAGGUUGGUUAAAUGGCAUGUUCUGCCUCCAACUUGUGUUCCUGAUUGUUGUGUAGUCAAUAUUUAUGAUGAAGGUGAUUGCAUACCUCCUCAUAUCGACCAUCACGACUUCCUCCGCCCGUUCUGUACUGUUUCUUUCCUUAGUGAAUGCAAUAUUCUCUUCGGAUCAAACCUUAAAGUUGAGGAAACCGGUGAAUAUUCGGGUGGUUCAUAUUCAUUACCGCUUCCUGUUGGAUCAGUGCUUGUGUUAAACGGGAAUGGAGCUGAUGUAGCUAAGCAUUGUGUACCUGAAGUUCCCACGAAAAGAAAAAUGGAUGAGUCAAAAUGGCCAGUCUGGUACACACCAGAACCUUAUUUGCAAGGGAUUCAGCCAUUGACAUACGAGCUGAAAUCUUGUGGCUCCUCUGACCAUGUAUUUUAGUUCCUGAACUUUAAUUGAUAUAUAUUACAGUUUGAUUAGUGGUUAUAUGUAGUGCAAAUAAUUAAUUCUUUUGAUGUUCAUAUGGUUGCUCAACUGGUGUGACAAAAAAUUAUCGUUCUAGCAAUUAGAUAACCAGAAUAAUUUUCAGUAUUUGAC